CUCCCUGCCCGCAGCCCCGGCUAUGUCCCGCUCCCCUCCUGUAGCCAUGUACUCCCGCGGCCGGCGCUGCACACCCGGGCAGUGCCCCCCGGCAGCGGAGCCUCCGGAGCGCAACGCGCGCCCCUUCCGCGGGCGCGCCCCCGCUGCGCCCCGCGGAGAUGCGCGGCCGCUGCGCACGUGCGCCGGCGGCAUGGAGAAUGCGGCGGGGCCCGAGGCGGACACGCUGGUGGCGCUGGAAGAGGGUGGUGGCCGCCGCCGCGCAAGCAGGAGCAAUUGGUCUGGGAGUCUUAUUGUAGCCUCCUUAACUGGUGCUUUUGGGUCGUCUUUUCUUUACGGUUACAAUCUCUCUGUGGUGAACGCCCCUGCAGCGUUUAUCAAGAAGUUUUACAAUGAAACUUGGGAAAGAAGAUAUGGCUUCUCGGUGGAUGAAAGCACACUGACUCUACUCUGGUCCAUAACCGUUUCUAUUUUUGCCAUUGGUGGCCUUGUGGGUGCCAUUAUUGUUACCCCAAUUGUGAAGUUCUUCGGACGGAAAUGUACGUUGCUGUUCAAUAAUGUGUUUGCAGUGACAGCUGCGUUGUUGAUGUCCCUCUCCUUGCUGGCGGGGUCAUUUGAAAUGCUCAUACUGGGCCGUGUUAUAAUGGGUGUUGAUGCAGGCAUUUCUCUCAGUGCCCUUCCCAUGUAUUUGAGUGAAAUAUCUCCUAAGGAAAUCCGUGGCUCAUUGGGUCAGGUCACAGCAAUUUUCAUCUGUAUUGGUGUUUUCACUGGUCAAGUUUUGGGGCUGCCAGAAAUAUUUGGGCAAGAAUCUCUGUGGCCUUAUUUAUUUGGAGCAAUUACUGUUCCUUCACUGAUACAAGUUGUGAUUCUGCCUUUUCUUCCUGAAAGUCCUCGUUACCUCCUACUUGAAAAACAUAACACGAGCAAGGCAGAAAGAGCGUUUCAGACCUUCCUUGGGAAAGAAGACGUGUCUCAUGAAGUAGAGGAAGUUUUGGCAGAGUCUCGAGUCCAAAGAAACACCAAGUUAGUGUCGGUUCUUCAGCUCCUGAGAACCCGUGCGGUGCGAUGGCAGGUCAUUACCGUGGUCAUCACCAUGGCCUGUUACCAGCUCUGUGGGCUAAAUGCUAUCUGGUACUACACAAACAACAUCUUUAGUGAAGCUGGGAUCAAUCAUAAGACAAUCCCCUAUGUUACUCUAAGUACUGGUGCUGUUGAAACUGUGGCUGCUGUUUUUUCUGGCUUAGUUAUUGAGCGGCUGGGACGCAGGCCUCUUCUCAUUGGAGGUUUUGGGUUGAUGGUUGUCUUCUUCGCAGUACUUACCGUCUCUCUGACUUUACAGAAAACCGUGUACUGGCUUCCUUACCUCAGUAUAUUUUGCAUCCUUGCAAUCAUUGCAUCAUUCUGCAUUGGACCAGGUGGGAUUCCAUUUGUUCUCACUGGUGAGUUUUUCCAGCAGUCACAGCGGCCAGCUGCGUUCAUGAUAGCUGGGACAGUCAACUGGCUCUCCAACUUCGCAGUCGGACUGCUCUUCCCUUUCAUUCAGGGUGGUUUACAGACCUACUGCUUCCUAGUCUUUGCUGCUGUCUGCUUUGCAGGAGCUACCUACCUGUUUUUUGUGCUGCCUGAAACAAAAAAUAAGACAUUUCAGGAGAUCAGCCAGGCAUUUGCCAAAAGGAAUAAAGUAUCUUUAGAAAUGCGAGAAAUGAACCACUGCUCGGGGGAGAGGAAAUCAAGCGCAGAACAAGAAUCAAACUUCACAUCUUCGGUGGACAAUGGGGAAACCAAAAAAGGGAUUGUGUAAACCCAGGAUGCUCUUUUAGGGGAUGAAGGAAAACGUGCUCUUUCAUUCAGUAUAUUUAUAGCAAUGCACAACUUAUAUUUUUGUAUGUGACAGCAUGAACUGCUUCCUUGUUGAAUAUGUUUUAAGUGAGUAUGGGUGAAUGCGUUAGCAGAUAGGGUGAUGAUUGAGGAAAUGGAAGGAAGGAGGAGUGGCAGCUGAUUAAGUCAGGGUUUUCUUGGGCACCUGUGCAGUAGGUGCUGUGGUGGGAGGAUGGGGAAUAUAGACUGAGAGAAAUGAAGUGGUGGUGGGGAGCUGCAGCAGGCCAAGCACCCCUGUG